AUGGCCGCCGCUGUCGCUCUAUCCAAUUACCAACUAGGCGACCUUCUAGGUCGAGGAGCAUCUGGCAAUGUCUACCGUGCUCUCAAUUUUCUCACAGGGGAGACGGUAGCGAUAAAGUCUAUAUCUCUCCUUUCCCUACCACCUUCCUCUUUACCCGAUAUCAUGUCAGAGAUCGAUUUACUCAAAAACUUGAAUCACCCCAAUAUCGUCAAAUACAAAGGGUUCGCUCGAGAUAAAGAAAACUUGUUCAUAGUGUUAGAAUAUUGCGAGAAUGGUUCUCUUCAAUCGAUCUUGAAGAAAUUCGGAAAAUUUCCAGAAUCUCUUGUAGCCGUUUACAUAUCUCAAGUUCUUGAAGGUCUCAUUUAUCUACACGAACAAGGUGUGGUACAUCGAGAUAUCAAAGGUGCUAAUAUUCUUACCAACAAGGAUGGGAGUGUCAAGCUUGCGGAUUUUGGAGUGAGCAGUAGAGCUCAGGGACCGGGAUUAGGAGCAAACGAUAAUGAAGUGGUGGGAAGUCCUUAUUGGAUGGCACCGGAGGUUAUUGAGCAAAGUGGAGCUACGACUGCUAGUGAUAUUUGGAGCGUAGGAUGUGUGGUAGUGGAACUUUUGGAAGGGAAACCACCUCAUGGAGAGUUGGCACCUAUGCAAGCGUUAUGGAGGAUAGUACAGGAUGAGAGUAUGAAGGUUCCAGAGGGAGCUAGUCCAAUCGUCAAAGACUUUCUGUAUCAUUGUUUUCAGAAAGACUCCAACCUCCGUGUAACCGCCAAAAAGCUAUUGAGACAUCCAUGGAUGAUGUCUGCCAGAAGAGCGGAGCCAAGUUCACCACCGACCCUUCCACCCCCUCCGCCAGCCUCAUACCCAACUACUCUGAAGGCGAAGAAACCGUCGACCAAGUAUGACGAUGCAGUGAUCCGUGUGCAAGAAUGGAAUGAAGCGCUAAAUGUACCCGGACCGACAAAGGGUGCACCGAGGAAGAAUAGCUUGGUUCAACCUCUUGGCCGACUUGAUGGGAAACAAUCUGUGGCCGCACUUUUUGCCCUCGGACUUCCAUCGAGGUCGUCAGCUGAUUCGUUGGCGGCACAACCAUCGACAUCAGCUGCGAACUCACCAGCGCAUCCUCAACCAGGUCUGAUUAGCAAGAAUUUUCACGUUAAUGAUGUUCUUACCAGGGCCAAGGAAUCUGGAGGGGAAACUUGGGACGAUGAUUUCGCUUCCGACAUCUCACUCACAAAGCUCAAUCACAAACGCGAAGAAUCUACCGCUAGUGAGGACGCCAAUCAAAAGACCCUCAAAGCGUCCCCGUCCCCAACAAGCCUCCCACGAUUCGGCCCUCGCUCCAAAUCUCCUCUUCUCUUCCCACCUCGAGCGGUAUCCAGUCCCACAAAGUUGGUGGACGACUACUCCGACCUUGUAUUGGACGAAACCGAGCAGGCACUUUCACAAAAACUCGCCAAUCUGAAACUAAAGCACAAAGCCCGGAAAGGCUUGAUGCAUCCUGAUGACCUGAGACGAUUGAAAACCCUUAGUCCCAUGCCUGCUGCUCCCAAGCGAAGUCUAUCGACUCCAUCUAGACCCGUAUCAAUGACUCCCGUGGAGGGAGAAGAGAAGAAAGAUAGAAUUUCGCCGUCUUCUGGGCUUCUGGGCAGUCCGAAGGGAAGUCCCAAACUACCCAACUGGACUCCUCCUGGAAGUCGCUCGAAUAGUUUGAGGACCAAAGUCGAUCCGGAGAGUCAAGCGGAAUUGUUGAAGUAUUCAGAAGAGGGGGAAGAAGAUUAUUCGGACAUUUUCGAUUCUCAAAUGGGGACCAGAACAAAGACAGGCACUCAGAGUCUGCAACUCACCAAGAGGUCGAACCGCUCUUGGUUGGCGGAGGGCGAUGAGGAAACAGAUCCUUUCGCAGAGUUUGAUGACGAUUUUGAUGCGGAAGAUCUGGAAGCCAAUUUGCUCAGAGAUAAGAGGGCAACAUUAUGUGCGCAAGUGAACAAAAUAGUGGAUGUUUUGGUUCCACAGACGCCGCCCACUGAGCUGAAAGACGCGUGUGAUGAGUUGCUGGCACUUCUAGAAAACACUCCAGCCGAGUUGGGACUGGAAACGCACUUCGUCAGUACACAUGGUAUGCUUGCACUGCUAGAAGUACUCGAGGGCCGUCUCACCAGAGAUGUGGCUGUUCGAGUGUUGAAAAUCGUCAAUACUGUCGUCAGCGAUGAAGUGGAGACAUUGGAGAGUUUCUGCUUGGUGGGGGGUAUCCCGGUAAUCAUUCCGUACACUAGCAAGAAGCAUUCGUUGGAGACUCGUCUUGAGGCAUGUAUGUUCAUCCAACAAUUAACUCGGUCUCCUCUUACUCUACAAAUGUUCAUCUCCUGCCGAGGCCUACGCAUACUCGUUGAGCUACUCGACGAAGACUAUUCACUCAAUCGAACCCUGAUACUGUCCUCACUCGAAGGAAUCGGUAGCGUCUUCGAACUUCAAUCUCCAACACCAAGGAACGACUUUUGUCGAAUGUUCGUCCGUGAGGGCAUCCUCGAUCCGCUAUCGUCGGCUCUUCUCAGCAUUCUCAAUGAUGAGAAUUUGGCAGAGGAGACUCCUGAUGCCGCAGCUGGCUCUGGAGGGGAGAGCGGUGCGAGAGCUAUCGCCGUGUUGUUAAUGUUUUGUCAAGUUGCUCAAGCGGAUGGAAGAGUUAGGGAUGCGUUUGCCAAUAGGACUGUAUUGAUCCGUUUGCUGAAAGCAUGCGCUAUCCUUCCACGCACUCUGCUCGUCGUAGCCGUCAAAGCCAUAAAACAUCUUUCGACCAGUCCUCAGCUUAUUGAAGUCUUGCAGAAUUCUAACGCUAUGGAAGUUUUGGUGAACAUUUUGGGGAAGAACAUGAAGGGGUUGCAUAGCAAUGAGAUUUGCUCACAUAUCUUCCAAACCAUCUUCAGCAUGUGCCGUCUGUCCAAAGCUCGACAAGAAGAGGCAGCGUCGUCAGGUAUCAUCCCACUGCUCAGAAGGGUCAUACAGAACAAGUCGCCCUUGAAACAAUUCGCUUUACCUAUUCUGUGUGAUUUAGCAAAUGCGGGUAAAGUGUCAAGAAGGUUAUUAUGGCAGUAUGAUGGGAUGAAGUUAUAUUUGAACCUCCUUGAAGAUCAGUAUUGGCGAGUUUCCGCUCUGGAUGCCAUCCUCAAUUGGAUGCAAGAUGAAACUGCACGCGUUGAAGAUGUUCUUCUUGAGAAAGGUCCUUCGGAAAGUCUUGUCAAGUGUUUUGUUGAAUCUUCCGGUGUUUCUUUCGAAGGCAUCUUGGACCCAUUCCUGAAGAUCCUCCGUCUUUCAGUCUCAGUAACCACAUCAAUAUCCACGCCGACUUUCUUCACUCGUCUAGCCGAAUCCCUCGAAAAGACAACAAAAGCAGUAAUAAAACUCAACCUCCUCCGACUCACUCGAGUGACAUGUGACGCUCAUCCCGACUCCGCCACAGUCGUAGCUCGGUUCAAACUCGUAGACAUUAUCGAUAAAUUGGCCAAACAAGACGAAGCUAUCCUCGUUCGAGAAUUAGCUAAAGAGAUCGGACCUGGAUUAUUAUUCGGUUCUACUAAACCUAAACCUUGUAGUAAAGAAGAAAGACAAGAAGCGGAUGAUGAAAUCUCUGCUUUGGGAUUAGGAACGGGUAGAAGAGAAAGGGAAAAAUCAGGUAAUGUUAUGGUUUCGAGAAUCAUAAGUUCAAGUUCUAUGAGGAGGACUACAAGUGAAGGUGUUCUUGUAACUCUUGGGAAAGAAAAGGAAAAAGAAAGAGAAAGAGAAAAAGAAAGAGAGAGAAUACCUUUAGGUUUGGUGACUCCUGGAGUUGGAGAUGUAAGACAUAAACGUAAGAUUUCUAGAAGUCAAUUAAAGUGA